AUGGCAUGUUUUACUGAGGCCCAGGUGCGAGAGCACAGCAACAGCAGCUCGUGCUGGAUCAGCUACAAGGGCAGAGUUUAUGAUAUUACGGAUUUUUUGCAAGAUCACCCUGGAGGUCUCGACAUUCUGCUAGGAUUUGCAGGCACCGACGUUACCCAUGUCCUUGGAGAUGAGAAUCUGCAUAUUCAUUCGGAUGCAGCAUACGAGCUACUCGACGAAUAUUACUACAUUGGUGACCUGGAAGCUUGCCCGACGCCUGAACUCCUCAGUGGUAGUGUGAGCUCAUCUUCGCCUUCUGUCAAUGGUCUUUCAGACCACGAUGACGACUUGACGCCUUUAAAUACCACGAAAAAGGACGCUGAUCGAAUACUAUGCGACCAUGUAUCAAACGCGACUGAUAACAAUCAUGAGAAAUUUCUCGAUCUACGCAAACCACUCUUUCCUCAGCUAUGGAAUUCGACUUGGUCCAAGGCAUUUUAUCUCGAACAAGUCCAUCGUCCUCGUUUUGUACCAUAUUACGUUCCUUAUUUUUCCAACCCUUGGAUGGAUGUUCUCUCUCGCACAACGUGGUACACAGUUCCUAUGAUCUGGAUUCCCUUUGUAUGCUAUCAACUUUGGAAGUCAUUUCACACACAAGACAGCUCAAUGGCUACCACUUUUAAUACAUUCUGUUCUGGUGUUCUUGCAUGGACUUUACUUGAAUACGCUCUUCAUCGUUUCCUCUUUCAUCUUGACGAUUGGCUACCCGAUAGACCCUUGGCACUACUGUUCCAUUUUACUUUACAUGGCAUUCACCAUCAUAUGCCUAUGGACAGACUUCGGUUGGUCAUGCCUCCUGCACUUACAACUGUCAUUGGAUAUCCCAUCAUUAUGUUAGCGCAUUAUAUACUCCAAAAGACUGUUGCACACGCAUUUAUUGCUGGUGCAUUUUUUGGAUAUGUGUGCUAUGAUAUGACACAUUAUUACAUUCAUCAUGCCCAAGUCAUUCGGGUUCACUUUCACGAAAUGAAACGAUACCAUUUGGCACAUCACUACAAGAACUAUGAGAGCGGAUAUGGCAUCACAUCAAAGCUCUGGGAUUACGUAUUUGACACCGUUCUCGUGGUAACUAAAUAG